AAUUUAAUAGGCUAGCAAAAAAGUUGGCAAGUGUUUCUACACGAGCCGCAAGGGAUCGGAAAUUCAGUGUGAAAUUGAAAUAAAGAACGACAAGACCUUCAGAACAAAGUCAGGUCAAUCGUGUGCUUGGUGGAAAAAUGAUGCUUGCAAUGCCCUCGAAAUGGUUAUUUCUGCGUGCCGGCAUGACCGGUGUCGCGUGUUUCGGUACCACUGUUUCCGCCGCCAGCAGCAGCAGUAAUGGUCCCGCGUCUCCGCCGGCAGCAGUGCCAGCCGCGGCGCCGAAUUCAGAAGCUCCGGCUGCCGCGACGUCGGAGCCAGCUUAUGACAUUAUUGAAUACGACGAUACAUACAAAAACUUUCUCGUUUGGCUGCAGGAAGGAAUCAGGACCAACGUAGCGCUACACAAUCUGAUUCACCAACACGUUGCUGACACGGUCUCGUCAGCCAAAGCGAGAUCUAGAUCGUAUAAGUCCGAGCUUUUCGCCGCAGCCCGAAAAGAGUUUGAGCCGGUAUCUGUUUCAAAAGAAUAAUGAUAACUCCUAUCACGUGAAUUUAUGAAAAUUCUAUACUUUUUAUGUGCUCCGUAAGCGUGAUACAACAAGCACUGGACGCCUCCACGCGAAAUAUACUUCGCGCUUGCUUUAUGUAUAAGUAAAUCUUCCAGUAACGAGUAAUGGUCUCAAGAUCCUUUCAUGUCCACUAUCAAACUUGAUGAGAGUCCUAGGCACCGCUAAAACUAAAUAUGCAAUACUGCUUCUACGUAAAAAUUUGUAAGCCUCGUACAACCAUCGAGCAUGUACCUCAGCUUGAGAUUUUUAGUGUCGAAAGAAACGCGGUAAUUUCGCCUUUCUUAGAAGAGUUCAGAUGUGAUGUGUCUUUUGUUGAUAUUUUCAGGUGCUUUUGGAGCGCGCCGGGAAGGAGAAGCAGCUUGUGGAACCGUGUGCGGCCAACGACAGGCUGAAAGUGACAAAAGGAAGAGCAGAGCAGCUUCUCCGAAGCGUGAAAGAAGAAGGUAUGCAGAGGAGCACAGAUGAUGACUUAGGAGAGAUAAGCAGCAAGAUCCAGAAUGCACAGAUGGAGGUGGCCUUCGCGCUCCCACGGAAGUCAGUCAUGUCGACGCUCUACGUCGCCUUUCGCCGGGAUGAAGCGGCUAAUGGAGAGGGAGUUCACAUUGCAGAGGUACUCAGAACAAACUUACGUAGAUGCCUAUCCAUCGGUAAAAGAUGUCGUGCCAGUAGGACGCGAAUCAGGAAUUGAAAAAAGACUAACGCUGUGUACUUUUAGAGAAUGUGACUGAACGAACAGGUGUAGAUGUUGAAUAUCUUGCAGAGAAGUCAUAGACUUCAUGAAGACCUUUUACCUUGUGAGAAAAAACCUCAGGUUGAGGCCGUAUGUGAGGCUUACGAUGUGGGAAGCGUUCAGAGCGCAGUGAAGGGACCGGCAUCUGCGAUGGAUUUUCCAGCGCAAGAGAGGGUCAGCGCUGGCUCUGGCGCACAGCUUUUUCCCGCACUGCUUGUCUCUACGGGAAAAAGAGAGGAGGUGUGGCAGAUCAUCAGCGAACCCGACGCGAUUGCAGUGAUGCGCUUUUGUGGCGAGUGGGCAUACGCGAAGCAGAUGUGGCUCAUGAAGAUCACCGGCGGCUCGCGCGGACGAGGCAACAUCCGGUCCGAACUCUAUCUGUAUGACAAUGUGAUUGUGAUCAGAAAAAACCGAAGAUAAAACUAGAUUUUAUUCUAUAGAGAGCCUGGAGGAACAUCUUAGAUUUAUUAUUAGAGGGUUUGGGGUUCAUCAACAAGAAACGUCACAAUGAUGUUUUGACGAAGUCCUCCUUGACUCAAUUCUACAAUCCUGCUUCAUUUUCUCGACCCGACGGACGCCAAGGAGAAGCGUAAAAUGGGUGCCACUUACACGAUCACGCCCUUGAUCGCUGUAGCGUUUCAAGAGGGAAGCAAGUAUACGAAAUCUUUGGUCGACCAGUUCACGAAGCGGGAUCGUCAGCAGGUCAUGACUGCCGCCAAGUCGUUUUUGCAAACAGGAUCCGGCAAGGCGUCGGUCGACGCUGGCACUGCGCAGGAUGGAUACGACUUGAGCUUCGAAGAGUAUCUUCGCAUUUUCUACCUGCAAACCCUGGACACGAGCGACGGAGAGCCACUUUCUAGCGGCGCUGUCAUGUACGGCGCAGAGGGCGUCAUGCGCGCAGAUUUUUUAUGGCGAUUCUACAGACUUGUUUCCAACUUCUCUCUGACUUUUUUCAUUCAUUUCCAAAGUUGACAAACCAUCUGAAUAUCCAAGACAACUCAGGGAGUGCUCUUCCCUAACGCAUCCUAUGGUUUUAUAAUAUAUAUAAUUUCUAAUCCCGAGUCCGGCACGAGAACUGACGCAGCAAAAGGGUGGUUCGCCGCGAUCGCCGACUGCGCUGCCAAAGGAGCAACGCGAUCCAAAAAUGAUUAGUUUCGCAUCAAGCGUAGCGCAUGCGGAGGCCUAUAUGAAGUUCCUGGAGAACAAGGUGCAAAAGGGGUUGAUCGACCCGACUGAUCAAACUUAUGAACUCAACAACCGAUUUCAAUGGGGUAGCGUGUUAUUUUUCUUCGUUACAUCGGCAACGCUUGCUGGUUUUUUCAUCCUCCUCACAUCUGAUCUUGGUCUCAGUAGAGUAAGUGACUUCAUUGCACGUGUUUUUUAUCAGAAUAGCGGUGGAUGCCAGCCGCAUAGUGGCUGAAUGAUUUUACAAGAUGAAAACUUGAGAAUUGAAACCUUUCAUAGAAGAGGCGAAAAGAAAUUACAACAGAAUAUCGAAACUUUGGGCAAUGCUCCACGAGGAUUGCGUGCGCAUUUGAAGCACCGCAAAGGUCUCCGAAAAAUUUCUGUGCCAGCGAAGGAAAUUCGUCCUGUCACCGCGAUACGUUCCGGCGCUUACGGAGCCGUCCGAUAUGGUCUCCUAGCCGUGUCCGUUAUUUACACAUGGAUGGCGUACAUUUCUCUUUUUCUUGUUUCAAACAACAUUGAGACCUUGUUCUUGUUGUAAAUAGAGAAGCAAUACGGCGGGCCGGAUGAAGCAGAAAAGAAGACUUCUAAAUAACGACAACAAAAGCUAGAGUAUGAGCAAUACUGCAAUUAAGAUUGAGAAAGUAGUUAAAACAAUAGUAGCCCGAUGUGGAGGCUGGGGGAUGCUAGAACUUUUUACAACUAAAACUAUCAACCCAGGUUGCGCUUUGUUAUGGGGGUUCUGUGGUACAUUGCGCCGUCUUAUGGGGCAGAUGCGGCGGCGUCCGCGGCCCAGACACUCGCAGCCCCAGGAGCGCAUUUUGCUGUGAACAACUUGAUUCCUUUCGAUUGGGUCCCGGAGGUAGUAGGGACGCCUGCGAAGGCCAUCAGUACGCACGUGGUCUCCCUCUUUGCAGGUACUCAGAACUCCGCUACACUUUCACCCUUGGAAUGAUUGUGACAAGAGGUUGUUUGCGUUGAUUGAAGGACUCGCUACUUCUUUGUCUUCGUGGUCACUUCUAAAGCAUUGAUUUUUUGUGAAGUAUUGCGUAUCCAAUUUUGGCCAUGUGAUUUGAAGUUUCGAAUGAUGUAAGCUCCUCUCAAGUAGCACACAUGUUAUAGGAUAUGCAUUUCCUAAACUUGCCUAAGAAAACCUGUAUAUUUCUUUUCAGACCGCGAGCCUGUGGGCAUUUCUCAGAAAGGCCCCCUUCGAAAGGUUAUCGAAGGCGAAUAUAACCUGGCGGACAGCGCGAUGGGCCUUGCGUCGGAUUGGUCGUCGACCGCCCGAGAACUUGCAGAGUUAAGACCCAAGCUUGUGUUCGAGAACAACUAGUCGACUUGACAUUAUAGAUUACUACCGUAAGUAGAUGAAGAUAGAUUUGGAGAGCAUAGUGUGCAUACCGAUAUUCCUCGGACAAAUAGGACGAUGCAGCUCUAGCUUAUGUUUACGCGCGUUUUCGUAAACAUUUUGGAAGUAGAUAAUGUGGAAAUUAAGAAAUAGUUCUAAUGCUUAGGCACGGAUUGACAGCAUAUUUUGCAGAGAUAGAGGCACCAGCAACACCGUAUUUGACGGGCGGCAGGACCGGGGACUCAGCAGAUGAUGUCGCGAAGGACAGUGAUUUGGUCUUACCAUCGUAUGCAACUAGGGGAAAGCAGUGGGCAGAGGUCCAGCUCGAGAGGCCAAUGGUACCACCUGUUCCAAUAGUGAAUGUGUAAAAGCGAUUAAAUUGUCAAGAAUGUGCACAUUGUGAAGAUGAACAAGAUAACAUCAGCCUUUUGAGUACAUGUUCUUGCUAUCGCACUCGGUUCCAAGUGCAGAAAUGUCUACUUCUACUGCAUUGAUGCUACAGCGUGCGGUAGGCGAUGCUCUUAGCGGUAUGAAAUCGACGAUUCACAAUAUCGCCUAUGAGAUCUUAGCGCAAGAGGCGCAUAAGGAGCUUGUACAACGUUACCCCAUCGAACACCUUUUUUGGUAUUUCUUUACGGAUGCAUGACGCCAUCUAACAUUUUCAUUUUGGGUUGUUCGUUGAAAGUUUUUGUUCGGAAAGUAUCUCCUCGUUUCCACACACCAUGAUCUUCCUGCUCAAUUUUUUUGCCGAUUGAAAACAAUGCAGUAGCUUUAUCUUAAUUCAAACUACGCAGUUGAACAAAUCUUGUGCGCGAUCGUCAAUUUAUACUUACUGCAAAGGCCGGCCUACGCGUACGUCGGCAUGAAGCUUUGUGGGUACUUGAGUGUGAGCAUGAACAAGCUGUUCCCGCAGCCUGCUACGAAGGCCGCACCAGCGAUUACCUUUGGUGAUACGAAGAAGCCAGAAAAUCGGGAGAUAUUUGUUAAGAAAUUUGAUGCUGCAGUGAAAGCUUUGAAGGAAAUGAAGACAGCAGAAAUUGCGAAGGGUGAAAGUUUUUUAGCAAUAGAAGUAUUCACGAUCUCGCACAAGGGAUACCGCUCGAUUGCGUUCGACGCAGGACAACAAAUCCGUGUGGUAUUAUUUUUACUUGCAUAUACAUAUUACAACUACUACAAGAACUAUUUCCUCUGAAGUAUGAGGUUUUAUUAAAGCUGGUCUUUUGCUAUCCUCAUUCUACAAGAGCUUGUCUUACGAUUUUUAUGCUUGUAUUAAGCUUCUCUACAAACUCUGCUUUCACACCCCUCGUACUCACUCUCUCUCCAGCAAAUGGGACAAUUGUUGCAAGUUGUGGACACUCCACGAGAGACCACGAUGAACGCGGAUACUCGAGUCGUCUCCGUCCUUGCUGACGCACCCAACCGGGUUUACAAGGUGACAGUCUACCCACUAGCAAGAGAUGCGGCCGACCGUUCGGUGAAGCCUGUCAACAUCCAAAUUCAGAAAGACACCUUCGUUAACCUCAUCAAGGACGGAACCCUCCUCCGUGAAAAAGCUUAAAUUGUAGAGGAAGAAGCAGCUUGUGACUUUUUAGGAUAAGAGUCUAAGACCGUCAUGAUGUUAUCUCUAAAUGUUACGGAGAUCAUAAUCCUCGUCCUCUCCCUAAAUGUUUAUUGUUUCGCAACCGCUUUUAUUUUCGGUAUUUACUACAAGACCAUGUUUUAAUUUUCUUACGUACGCCUGUCGAUGGGUUGUCCGGUAUCCAAUUGCGGAAGUAGAGCCUUCAGUUACUUUCUAGUGCCCGUCUCUCUUCGCAUUUAGGAAGUAUUGAUAAGAUGACAUCCCCACUCUUAAGGAUGUAAAACAAUGUGUCCUCAGAUAUAUCCAGUCUUGAUACACGCCCGUUUUAUGAAGAUAUAAAUAUAUAUGUAUCAUGUUAGAUUUACCGUAAUCAUGCAGAAGCUAAUUUGAAAUCUGAUGAUAGCGACCAUAAAUCUAAAGGGAACUACUUGCAUCACGUUCUUCGUACUUUCUCAUUUCUUAUACAUAAUGCUGUUGCAGCAUACAAAAAAAAUAAUGAUGGCCGUCGCCGUCCUUGUAUCUCCUCUUGCACGCCAUGCAAUGUGAACAAGGCCGAAAAGAAGAAGCACUUUGGGACUAACACGGCGUUGCGGCCAGUCGACAGCGAAUGUCCGACAUCUCGCCAGUACAGUGUACUAUACUGGCGAAGUAGUUUGAAGAUUGUUUCUAGGACUACACGACAUGUAAUCUCGUACAAACAUCAUAGACGACGAGUCUUUUGUGAUCUUCAUCACAAAACACAAUAGGUUUGUAGCGCGACUAUGACUUGUGUGCGUUUCUUGUUGAAAUGAAGUGUUGUGGUUGAGUGGUCUACAGGAUUUAUCCUUGUAUGUUGGUCCGCGGCUAGCAGAGGCUCCAAGAUCGGCAGAUGAUCUUGGCGAUUUUUUAGCAUCGUGGCUUGGCGCUUUUUUACUGUGGAC